AAGCUGUCAAUAACCUUUAUAAACCCAACAAGAAGAAGAAGAUGGCGCUGAGUGUGGGAGGUCGAGUCUCUUAUCUGAGUGUUCGUGUGUGUGUUGCAGGCUGCAGGAACCUCCACAACACACUUGUGCACACCUCUAACAAGCUCACACACACUGGACAGUCGCUAGCCGAGGAUGAUAUCCGCAAUAUUCGCUUUUUGGUGGCGCCCAGACAAACAAAUGAACGUUGGGCAAUCAACCUGAUAAAGGAAGUACCCCCUAAGGCAGUAAAAUCCCGUGUUGUGGCCUGUGAUGGCGGCCCUGGAGGACUAGGUCACCCAAGGGUUUAUAUUAAUUUAGAUGGACCAGGGAAUCAUAAUUGCAUCUACUGUGGUCUCAGGUAUUACAAAGACAACACUCACUGAGUACUGUAUAGCACUAUAUGUUGCAGUUUUGAAAAAUCAAUUUCCCUCUUUCCUUUGAUCUUAGAGUUGUCUGAUUAUGAUAUUCUUCUAAUCUUUCAGCUUUAAGAGUGUAGUUGUAUAUAUGUUGUAUGAAUAAACUUUAAAACUAUUGUA